AUCUCAAAAACACAUCCUGAAAACUCAAAACCCUAAUUCCUAAUCCCUUUAUCUCGUACGAGAAGCAUAACCACUCUGACACACCUCCCAUACGUCACCCCCGUCGCUCACCGUCACUCUCCAGACCUUCGAAGCACCCUAGGGACCCCACGAUCACAAUUCCUCGCCGACGCCACCAUUAAUCUCACACUCUCCUCCUCUGAAUCAGCCCAGACGCUUCAUCUCAGUAGGAGACACUUGUUGCUUGAUGGAUCCUAAUUUGGACGCUUUGGGCGCCUUCAUGGGUUAUGCUGUUUACCUACUGCAGUGGCUGGUGUGACAUUUAUUUUGCAUUGCAGCGGUUUUGUGUUGAUUGCCGUUGUUUGGGUUUGACAUUGGGAUUGCAUCGACUGUAUUGAGAACAGUUGUGUUUUAAUUUGAUUUUGGGCCUUUUUGGGCAUAAAAAAGCCCAUUACGAAAAUACACCCCAACAGCGUACGUCUCUCUCAAUUUCCGCCUCAGCCGCCCCAACUCAGCGCCUCACCUCUGCUAAGCAAGGCGCACGCCUUGGUUAGUUUUUUCCGCCUCAAACUGAGGUCCAGAGAGUUAGGGACCAAGAACACUGAUUCUAUUAGGGUUCUUCUGCAACUCCGAGAGUGAGAGAGAUUAUGAGGGCAACUACAAUGGAUUUCUUUGGGGACAUGGAAGAUCAAGGUUCGACAAUGGCGAUGGAUGUGGACGACGUUGACCCACUUGAAAUCCUAGGUGAGAGCGUCAUUGCUGACAACAAGCUCACUGAUGCCGACUUCUUCAACUCCUUUGAGGAUGACUUCGAUGAUUCCGAUAUCAAUUGAGUCGAGCAACAUGUUCAUCAAUCACUACCCACCCACCUACCCACCAUUUGUUAUCUGUUUUAGUUUGUAGGGUUUGUCAUGUGGAUUGGAUGGACUCAAAAACCAUUACGAUCAAAAUGGUUUUUCUUAUUUUUGUUUGGUAAAGGAGAACAUAUGAUCAGUUUGCUUUGAAUGUCUAUCUUCUUUAAUUCGGUUAUGCUCAUUGUCUAUACUUUGAUUUCGAUUGCACUAUUUUGUUCAACUCAAUUCAUGGCUUUCUUUUUCUAA